AUGAGUGGUUAUGACCAUCUAACACCUGCUGAAAUAGGCAGAAAAGCAUGGAAGGCUGCUAGUCGUGCCGCCAAGCAUAUGAGCAAGCACUCGCGAAUUGUGAAUCCCUCUCUGGAGAAGUGCAUCCCCCGCUUUGAACGGUCAGAAGUCAUCCUAGGGGAAUUCUUAGGAAGUGGAGGUUUCAACGACGUGUAUGAAGUCAAGAGAAUAGAUCUUGUGUCCAACUUAGAGGAUGCGGAACACGCCAAGAAGAUUGCGUCCCCGUUGCAACAAGAACACAGAGCGUUCAUUUCCAAGCACGUCUUUCGAGAGUCAUCACAAAACUGCCGUUACGGUAUGAAGUUUCUUUCAAUGGAUACAAUUGGCGAUCCUGGUCGUUUCUGCACUGGAGCAGCUGAUCUUGUAGUUGAAGCCAAGUUUCUUGCAUCAUUAGAGCAUCCUAAUAUUAUCAAGCUGAGAGGAAUGGCUGCAGCUGGAACAUCUGGUUUCGCAACGAUGAAGGAGCGCGGUUACUUUUUGCUUCUUGAUCGAUUGCAAUGCACUUUGGAGGAUAAGAUUGAUGAAUGGACAGACAACAAGAAGAAACUUGCAAGAGAAAGAAACGAAAAGAAGUUGCGGUUUUUCCUAGCCGAGCGUCUACAUGUUGCUUUUGAUGUUUGUGCAGCCUUGGAUUACCUGCACACAAAUCAAAUCAUCUACAGAGAUCUAAAGCCAGAUAAUAUUGGAUUUGAUAUUAGAGGAGAUGUGAAAUUGUUCGACUUUGGUUUGGCAAAGGAACUGGAUCCUUCAUUGAAGAGUGAAUUUGAUGACUUGUAUGAAUUAUCAGGAAACACUGGUUCCCUUCGUUACAUGUCUCCAGAAGUUGCAAGAAGCGAGCCCUACAAUCUUUCAGCAGAUGUAUACUCGUUCGGUCUGCUGCUGUGGCAGGUCUGUUCGCUGGAUCUACCAUAUGAUGGUAUGAAUAGACAGGAUCAUGCGGAGCUCGUGGUGCAUGGGAAUGAGCGUCCGAAACUUGAUAAUUCAUGGAGCACACCGCUGCGUAUCCUAAUGAAGCGCUCAUGGGAAUCAGACCCAUUGGUGAGACCCUCUAUGGACUCGAUUUACAAGAUUUUGAGAAGGGAGAUUUGUGCACUUCGGGAUGGAGAUGACAGUGGGCUUGAGCAUACAAAACGAAGAUCAACAUUUGUUCUUGAACGGGGAGACGCUGGAGCAAAGGCUGGCGAAGCUAGAAGAGCUACUAAAGGAUCCCGAAUAAAGUCGGAUGGACUGGAUCAUGAGGGAUUAAAGAAGCCAGCCUCAUAA